AUAUGUUUUAAGUAUUAUAGACAAAGACAAAGCAGACAAAUUGAGUUUGUUGAGUCAUAUUUGAUAAUUAAUAAAAUACUUUCUACAAAUUGUUCAAUAAAUAUUUACAAAUGUAAAAUAUUAAUUAUUAUUUAUUUAUUUAUUUUGCAGAUUAAGCUGAUAACAUGGCCCACCUCCUUUGGAAUCCAAGAAAAAUUCAUAUAGGCACAGCCUUUAUGAUUAAGCUGAUAACAUGGCCCACCUCCUUUGGAAUCCAAGAAAAAUUCAUAUAGGCACAGCCUUUAUGGUGUUUACAUUGCUUUGUACAAUAUCAAUGUAUUUGAAGUACAGUAAAUUUGUCAUUCAAAAAGCAGGCCAACCUACCCCUAGAGCUGCAAUCCAGAAGCCUUCCACAUUUUCAAAUUCGGCUUGUCCAGCAUCUAUUUCAACCAUGAGCAUAACACCUAUUAGAGACACCAGAUCCCUAAUGCUGUCUGCUUUCGUCAGUGAUGAUUCAAAUGGACAGGCAAAUAUCCUAACCAUAAUGAACCAGACCCAUUCUGAACUAUUUACCUGUAUAUUCUGCUGUUACCAGCAGGGACUCAGUAUAUCGCCUGUCAAACUGGACACGCACGUUGAUAAUUUUGGAUUCCCUUUUGUGACCACAGAUGCAUUUUGUAACAUAGAGCCAACAUGCAAUGCCACACACAUAACCAUUUCGAGACCAAAGAACCUUCUGGAAAUUCAUAGUCACCUUUAUUUGCCUAUACACAAGCUUCUGCUGAAUAGGAGGGACUUUGACGUGGACUUAACGCUAUGCAUUUCUUGCUUGUUUGGAGGAUAUAAUAAUGUCCUUCAGUUUGUGCAGACUAUAGAGACAUACAAGCUUCUCGGUGUGGAACACGUGGUUAUCUACAACAACAGCUGUGGCCCAGACCUAGAGAGAGUCUUGCGCAGCUACGAGGAAGAUGGCAUUCUGGAAAUCAUUCCCUGGCCUAUCGAUCACUUUCUGAAACCAUCCAAAGGCUGGAACCAUGAGUUGCACUCAGGCGAAGUACACUACUAUGGGCAACAGGCCACAUUAAACGACUGCAUUCACAGGAACAGGCAGAGGUCCAAAUACGUGAUUUUGACGGACGCCGAUGAAAUCAUCAUGCCGUAUCAACACUCAUCUCUGAACCAACUCAUGACUAAACUCCAGCAAAACAACCCUCACGUGGUGGCUUUCAUCUUUUGGGCCCAUGUCUUCUCCAAAGAAAUUACCAGAGGCAGUGAGAGAUUUGACUUUCCUGAGUGGAGGAAUGUCCCUGGUGUCAAUAUACUGAGACACAUCCACAAGGAACCCUUAAAGUGGUGGGUCAACAACAAUAGCAAGAUGAUAGUUGACCCAAGAAAGGUGAUGCAGGCAUCUGUCCACAUUGUUCAUAAAAUCAAUGGAAAGUCCAUCUGGGUGCCUCGAGAUUUGGCUAUUGUCAUGCACACUGCUAAACCCAAGCGUCCUGAAUUGGGCAUUGAGAAGCUGAUCAAGGACAAUAAGAUUUGGGAUUAUGCAGAAAGACUGAUACCAAAUGUAAAUAAAGUGCUGCACAAGGCUGGGAUUUUAAAGUGGGAAAAAAAUGAAAAAAAGGUAAACACGGCUAGUCGUUAGAAUUUUUGUACCUGCUUUUUUUUUUUUAUUAUAAAAAGAAAGAUCAUCAUUUAAAAAAAAAUAAAUAAAUAAAU